AUGCACGAGCGGGAUGGUGCGAUGGGAUUUGCCUGUCAGGAGAGCUUCGAAACGGAGCUGGCCGUUUUUGAGGCGCGCCAACUUCCAGCGACCAGGAAAUCCAUGGCUGACAACAUCGACAACGAUGCAAUCGUGAAAGUUCGGGUUGCCGUGGCCGAAGACACCGCGGCGCCCAUGCAAAGAAAGCGCAGGUUAAGAGUCAGAAGUGAAUACGGCACGGUGUAA